UCAACUCGGUCUCCUCAGUUGCCUCCUCCUGUUGAAUCAAGGAGAGAUAUUGCUAACACCGGAUCAAACCAAUUUAUCACCAGCAGGCUUGAGAGAGACCGCAAGUUCAGAUGCUAUGCCUCCUUCAGAGAAAAUACAAGAAUCUAGCCCUGAUGCUUAUCUCUCUAAGUCAGAGAAACCAAUUCUUCCUUUGACAGGUACAGAUACAGUUCAGCCUCCAGAUGAAGGUUCUUUUGAUUUGUCAAGCGAUGGGAAGCCCACUAUGAUCAAAGGUGACCAGGUCAACACAAAAUCAAAUGUUAGUCUGUCACCCAGCCAAGCAGAUGGUCAAUCUGAAAAUAGUGCAGUUAAAGGACCACCCUCCGAUGAUUCGGUAUCACCAUUCCUUCAAAAGAACCUCGAAAGGACAUCACCUGAAGAAAAACCGAAGCAGCAGCGCCAAUCCAGUAGUAGAUCAUCUAAAGAUGACAGCAUAGAAGCCAGUGAAACCGCAAGCCCGAACAUCUUAACAACAUCUGGAGAUAUACAACCAUCACCUCUCAACCAACCGUCACCUAUGAAGGAAAACAUUCAGGCAGCUGAGGGAUUCAGAAACCAACAACAGGCUGACCAAGAUGUUUUUCAACCAAGACAGGACAGCAGAAAGCAAAUUGAAGAAACUGAGGCACAAGACACUUCAACUAACUAUCCUGAAGACACGAAUAGAGCAUCUCAAAGGGCUGCUUUGGAACAACAACAGGGAGAAAAUGUCCGGAGGGCUCAGCGGCAGAGCAAUGACACAAACAAUAGCUAUGAACCAACUAAAGAUGCUCCAAGUAUCAUCCAGGCAGACAAUAAACCUGAGAGCAGCUCGAGAACUCCUGAAGAACCCAGGCAACAAGCACAGCCGGAAGGCAAAACUCGAGGUGGCGAAAUCAUGUCGCCAGCCUCUGAAACCGGGCAGCCUGAAGAAAGCGAUCUCCCACCAAGCAAGAAGGGUAUCACUAGUCAUCUCAGUCAGAGACCUCCGCCAAACUGGAAGACCAAACCUCCUCUGCUACCCGGAACAGAGGCGCAAACUCCAGCAAAUCGGAUGGGUCAACCGGUGGCACGAAGUCCGCCGGCACGGACGAUAAUGAUCCAUUGUCAUGAAUCACAGCGGCAUGGCUCCUCAACCAACACAUGAUGCUGGAGUGCGCCCCUGAAUAAAUAUCAAGGAGAAGUCUGUUUGGGAACUCACUCACCUCUCUGUCUUGUUUUUUCCUGGCUCUGUUUUGUUGCCCGUCCUCUUGUCAUCCUCGAAUGGGGCCAUUGCCAUGUACUCCCUCUGUAAACUAAUAUAAGAGCGUUUAGAUCACUAAAAUAGUAAUCUAAAUGCUCUUAUAUUAGUUUACGGAGGGAGUAUUUCUUUUCUGCUCUUUUUGUUGAAAACUGUCGGCUUGUUUGCUCGUGAAAGUGGCUGUAUUCUGUCUGAUUUUUUGUAAUUCUAGAACUGCUACCGGCAGCGUUGUUAUUUGCAACCAGUUUCUUCCAUUGUGAUCAAUUGCAGUUGCUGGUUUUUAAGUAUAUAUAGAUGUUAA